CAGUUCCUUCAGCGAGCGGAGGUGAGAGGAUCUGUUCUUUUCGUCAGCCAGGAUCGCGGGAUGAAGGAGGUGAAGAGCGAGCAGGAACGGGGAAGCCGGCGAAGGCACCGAGACGGGGACAUGGUGGCGGCGGCGACGGUGGUGGUGAAGCAGGAGCGCCUCAGCCCUGAAACCGUCCCUCCUUCACACCGCCGCCCCGACUCCUCCGGCCAUAGCCCGUCCUCGCCGGCUGGCGAGCCGGGCCGCCCUGGUCACCGCGGGAACCGAAGCCGCGGAAGCAGCCGGUCCCCAGCCAGAAAGAAAAGCAAGUCCUCAGGGAGAAGAAGCAAGUCUCCACGGAGUAAGAGAAGCAGAAGUCCUCACCACUCAGCAGUCAAAGUGAAGCAGGAACGUGAAGAUCAUCCCCGGAAGGGACGGGAGGAUCGGCAGCAUCGGGAACCAUCAGAACAGGAACACAGGCGAGCUAGGAACAGUGACCGAGAGAGACACCGAGUCCAUUCCCACCAGAGGAGGACCUCUAACGAAAGGCCUGGGAGUGGCCAGGCUCAGGGACGGGAUCGAGACAUUCAGAACUUGCAGGCUCAGGAAGCAGAGAGGGAAUUUUAUAAUGCUAGACGACGGGAGCAUCGCCAGAAGAACGAAGUCAGUGGCAAUGAUAAUGACUCUCAGGAGUUGGUUCCUCGACCUGGUGGCAACAAUAAAGAAAAAGAGGUUCCCGUUAAAGAAAAGCCAAGCUUUGAACUCUCUGGGGCACUUCUUGAGGACACCAACACCUUCCGGGGUGUAGUCAUUAAAUACAGCGAGCCCCCAGAAGCACGUAUCCCAAAGAAACGAUGGCGUCUCUACCCUUUUAAGAAUGAUGAGGUGCUCCCAGUCAUGUACAUCCAUCGACAGAGUGCCUACCUCCUGGGACGACACCGCCGGAUCGCUGAUAUUCCUAUUGACCAUCCCUCUUGUUCCAAGCAGCAUGCAGUAUUUCAGUAUCGGCUGGUGGAGUAUACCCGUGCUGAUGGAACAGUUGGCCGCAGGGUGAAGCCCUACAUCAUUGACCUUGGCUCAGGCAACGGAACCUUCUUAAACAACAAGCGCAUUGAGCCACAGCGUUAUUAUGAACUGAAGGAAAAGGAUGUGCUUAAAUUUGGGUUCAGUAGCAGAGAGUAUGUCUUGCUUCAUGAGUCCUCCGACACUUCUGAAGUAGACAGGAAAGAAGAUGAAGAUGAUGAAGAGGAGGAGGAAGUGUCCGACAGCUAGCAAACUAAGAAAUGACUCAAACUAUUGAGAGACCUUUUCCUUCUUGGAAGGCUUUGAGAUUGACUCAAAGAGCACCAUGGUGCUCUCUGUAAUGCCUCUUAUUGCCUUAAGUCUUUCCUCUGUUGCUGACCAGCUUAUGUUCCAAUUUAAGAAAACUGACUUAUGUUUGGUUGAACUUUUUUCUGUGGCACAUCAGCCACAUCCAUGCCUGUGGGCAUUUGUUUUCAGAACAGUCUCACCAAUCACAACACAUCGUGUUUUAGUAGAAGCAUUGUGGUUUUAGUUGGUGCUUUUGAAACUGCUGCCUAGGAAACUAUAAACCCUUGGUUAAAGGGGAAAUUGUGGCUUGUUCUCUUUGUACAGUUACUUUAUUUAUAUAGUUGUUAAGCUUUGUGGACCAGGUUUUGUUUUUGUUUUGUUUUGGGAGCAAACUCCUGAAGCUUUGGUUAUCACCCAAACAGCCUCCACUAUAUACCAAAGCUUUGACCUGGUUGAGCUCUUGAGUCAUAGAAGUUGAUUUUGCAUUUAGUUUUUUUGGGAUGGGAAUUUACCACACGACCUCAUUACAGACUGUUUCACUUAAACAGCUGCUUUAUGGAGCCCGCUUAAGCAUAUGACUGGACAGGAAGAUCAUGACUACUGCCAGCAGGUGCUGAUUUAAUGUCACGAGAGGCUGAAAUGGGUCAUGGGUCUGUUCCCUGUACGAGGAUUCCUGAUUCCUCCAUGGAGCAUGUACAUAACAGUUUGAUCAUUUUAUUUGUUCUCCAACUUUGAAUUUUUAUUCAAAUGUUAAUCUUUUUUUUUUUUCUUUUUUCUUUGAGAAGUACAGUGUCACUUAAGUGGCAGGGUCCUUGCUCAAUCCUAACAACAUGUGUAUAUGUUCAAAAGAGCUUGUGUACUAUACAUGUUUCAUCUUUGAAAAAAAUGUUCAGAGAGGUUGUAUUUACCUUCCUGAGGCUGUAAAGCAGGGAAAUUGCCCAGUUUCCUAAAUUUCUACCACAGGAAUAUGUGUAAGUAGAAAAGUAUUAUCUACUUACAUAUGUAUUUUGUGUGUCUGUAUAUAAAUUUGUGUGAAAGAGCUGCAUACUGAUUUUCAUAUGAGAAUGUUUUGUGAUGUAAAUCUAAUACUACAUUAUAGGCCAAGGCCUCCCUGCUUUAAAGAGCAGGUUUUCAUUUAUAUGUAUUUUUGGGAAACAUAAUAAAAUUUGUAAAUAUA